UGCACUGCACCAGAAACUACAUCCACAUGCACUUAUUUGUGUCCUACAUGCUACGAGCUGUAAGCAUAUUUGUGAAAGAUAUAGUUCUCUACCCUGGAUCUGCUUUGGAGAAUAUGGAGGGAGUCACAAUGGAGGACUUCAAGUCCAUUACUGAAGCCCCACCUGCCAGCAAAACACAGUUUAUUACCUGCAAGGUGGUGGUGACCUUGUUCAUGUACUUUCUGGCGACCAAUUACUACUGGAUUCUUGUGGAGGGUCUUUACCUGCACAGUCUCAUUUUUAUGACUUUUUUCUCAGACAAAAAGUAUCUUUGGGGAUUUACACUGAUUGGAUGGGGAGUACCAGCUGUGAUUGUGACCAUCUGGGCCACUGUGAGAGCCACGCUUGCUGACACAGAGUGUUGGGACUUAAGUGCAGGCAAUUUGAAAUGGAUAUAUCAAGUGCCUAUUUUGGUGGCGGUGGUGAUUAAUUUUAUUUUAUUUUUGAACAUCAUCAGAGUCUUGGCAACUAAACUACUAGAAACCAAUGCUGGGAGAUGUGACACCAGACAACAGUACAGAAAGCUCUUGAAGUCCACGCUGGUGCUGAUGCCACUGUUCGGCGUCCACUACAUUAUAUUUCAUGCCAUGCCGUACACAGAGGUCUCCGGGAUACCAUGGUUGAUACAGAUGCACUACGAGAUGCUUUUCAACUCCUUCCAGGGUUUUUUAGUUGCAAUCAUAUACUGUUUUUGCAAUGGGGAGGUGCAAGCUGAGAUCAAAAAGUCAUGGAGCAGAAGAACCUUGGCCCUUGACUUCAAGAGAAAAGCUAGAAGCGGGAGUAAUACUUACAGCUAUGGACCAAUGGUAUCACACACCAGCGUAACCAAUGUCACUGCCAGAGGACCCCUGGCCGUCCAUCUCACCACAAGGCUAGGGCCRGUGCCUSUAAACGGCCACAGGAACCUUCCUGGGUAUGUCAAGAACGGCUCAGUCUCAGAGAACUCUGUGCCUUCCUCAGGACAGGAACUUCACAUACCUGARGAGGAGCAGUCCGCGCAAACACGGCCUAUUGUGGAAGAGAAACCCACUCCUGUUGUAGAGGAGGAGAGGGAGACGGUCAUGUGACCUCUAGAGGACAGCAWAUAUAGCGAUGAGAAGAGGAAAGACAAAUUGUGAACACUCUGGGUGAUCUGAUGAUUUGAAGGAGGAAAUUGCAUGAACCAAAAAUAUUGGCUCUUUUCCUCCUGUAAACUGAGCCAGCACACUGCAAACUGAGGAGGCUCAAGGGAACAAAAGAGKGUCUUGAUUUCUCAAGCUUGGCUGAGAGAUGAAGGCGGCAAGUUCGUAAAGGCAGAURGUUUUUGUCCUUCCACCAUCUGCCAAAGAGAAUGUGUGAAAGCCUAAAUCAGGGUGAAGUUUCUGACUUUGACUUCACUGCCAUGACUGUUUAUGUAGUUUUCUGGAAGGAAAAUGUGUAUAAAUUAAGCAUAAGGUUGAUAAGACAYCAGCCUUACUCAUUUACUGUACAUCAAAGGUGGGAAACUUUUCUCAGCAAGGUUUAAUAUGAAUAGAAAAUGUCAAAUGCUACAAUUUGAAAAGCAUCAGUUCUACUUUGUGGCAUGGUCACAUUUGUUCUCCACUGACUCACAUCUGUGUCAGUGUAAAAGGAAAGCUACUCAGGUAAUUGAAGUCCUUUGUUGUCACAAACUUAUUUUCAUACUUUUCAUGUCUUUUUGUUUGUUUGUUUGUUUUUUUUUUUUUACAGCUUCAGGUUUUUUUUCAAUACAAAUUUCAGUCUAAUUAGAAUAAAUAUGAAGGAUUGAAGCGAAUCUACAAAUUCCCUAAUUUUCUGUUCAAAACCUAUGGUUGCACUAGAUCAUGGAGCGAGUACUAUCUAGGAACUUUCAUUGAAAUGUCUUGGUAUUUUCCUUGAACUGACAUUUUCAGGCCUUUUCCUGCUGAGUAGUUUCUGGAAUCAAGCUUUAAUACAAGGCUGACUAAUCUUUGGGUGCUUUCUGGGGACUUGCCAAGAACCUCCAUGGACCUUACGUWUAAUGKUUUUCUUUUAAAUCUCCUAGAAUUUACUUGUAAGUAAAUAUAAACAAUAUGUAACUUUCAUAGUAGUUACCAACUACUUUYCGCUACUUACAAGAUCUGUGCCAUGUUAUAAAUUGAUGUACAAUUUAAUAAGAUUUUAAAUGAAAUUAUUGAGUAUUUUUAGGAGCUUGACUGUAUCGUGAGUUGACUCAUAAUGAGUACUUUCCUGACUUCAAUGAAUUUUCACAAACUGUAGCAGUGUAUGUAUAUAUUUUGGCAUUAUGAAAGAAUGUUACUUGUCACAAAUAUGUUUCUUGAAAAGUCGAUGAAAGCUUUAUAAAAUCUCCAUAAGAGUUUCAGAAAACCAUCUGAUAAGUUCCAUGAAAUUUACAUUAAAUWCACCUGUAACCUCAAUAAGAGCACCGUUUACAUUGGGAACAUCUAACAAAUGAUUGUAGGAAUAUCAAAGUGAGAAUAUUUCAAGUGGAUUUUGGAGUAAAAGUAGGAUAUGAACAGAAAUGGGUUGAUUUGUUGUCAUAAGGUUUUUAUAAAAUUAGACCCAAAUCAAAACCACAGAUGGAUUCAGAAAACCUUAAUUUCCAGUGGAGUGAAAAUUAAAUCCAUGAGAUUAUAUUCCCUCAGAAUUCAAAGAGAGGCAUUUAUGCUGGAUACAAAAGGCCCAUUAAUGUGCUGCUUCAUUUCGUUCACAUUUAAGUUGCAGUGUUUACAGAUCAAAAGUACAUUCUAAUUAAGAGCUAAAUGUUGUUCCAAACAUACAGUAUAUGUUUUGUAGCUGUUGUGUCGUAUUUUCGCUAAACUGUUCGUUAAAUGAAUGUCAGAACUAUACGUAGACUCUAAACAGAGGUGGUAAAUUUAUUAAAAUGUGACGGAUAUUCAUGGAGUCAGUUACUGACACAUGCCACAAUASAUUAAACUCGGUAAUUAACUUGCAUGGCUGACAGUGUAGGGCAUAUGAUUUAGUAUUGUAUCAAAGAAAAAAGACAUUAAAMAUUUAAAACUUCAACAUAUCUUUGUAUUUAUGCCCAAUAUUUGUUUCAAUUUGCCAAAUCCUCCUAAAAUAGUGAAAUGAUGAAACACACAUGUGCCAUUUAUGUUAAAGAUAUUGUUUUGAACUUAGAAUCUGAAAUCCAUGAUUUUACCUCUAAAAUAAAUUCUUGUAAUGAGGGUUCAGGAUACACCAUCAUUACAACCAUAUUUUAAACUGCAAACUCAAAUUAGAACCUAAUUUUAUAUCUUAAUUUCUUAGUUUUUCAUUACUUUUGUCGGUAAGUCUGAUCAUAAUUAAUAAAAGAGGUUAAUUUAUUUCAGUUCCUUUUGUUCAUCUAUUAAGAGACUUCUGUACUUCAGUCGUCGUUUUAGAAGGAACCAAAAACUGCAAAGUCUUACAAAGUCUAACUUUUUUUUUUAAAUAAAGCCUUAAUCUUAAAAUAAUGGCAAUGCACAACGGUAGCCAAUUUAACAAUAAUUCAAAAGGACAAAAUAAAAAAAGAAACAUUGAAAAAGUGUUCUUUUUGCAGUAUUUUUUAGAUGCACAUUGUUUGUGGGUGAAGGGGAGUCAAAACAUAUGUAUUUUUACACCAAAUGUGUUAAAAUGCCUUAUGAUAAAAUGUCUUAUUGAGAGAAACAUAAUUUUCUUGGAUUUUACAGAAGUAUACACAACACCACUGGCAUUGCAGAAAUUUAGAAAUAACUCCACGUCACUUCCUUAAUCCAGACAUCUUGCACCUGUCUACUUACUUUAUYUGUCUCAACUACAACACAAGAUUUAGGAAAUUCAAUACACCUGAAGCAAUGGGACAAAACAUAUAAGCUCCUAUGUUAGUGAAUAUAUCUUGCAGAAAAUAUGUUCAGUAUAAACUUUUUGAAUAUUGUUUAAAUGCCUUAUGUAAUAAGGUCAGCCAGAAUCUGAGUACUUUUACAAAGAAAUGCUUGCAAUUUUUAUUUUAGCACUUUAUUCUCCCUUUUAUUUUUAUUUUUUGCAAUUCUGUUCUGAUUUUUUUCCAUGCAAAGAUUGUGUUUCAGAAUUUUGAGGCCAAUUUUCAUAGAGCUAAUGUUGUAAGUGUUUAUAUACGUCUUCUGGAAGUAAGUGUUUUAUGUCAUUUAUUUAUGUUGAAAUGUACUCAGUGGAAGUGGUAUUUAGUCUCAAGGCCUUGUGUAAAACCGUUGUAUAUUGGCAGUAUUUGGUUGAAUACAUCUCUCCCUCUCUUCAGUGCUCUGUAAUUAAGGCAUUUGUAUGUCAGUGUAAAUAUUCUAAAAGAUGGUUUCUAAUCUCUUAUGUUCMUCAAUCAGUAAAUUGUAAGACAAUAAAUCUGUAAUUUCAUUA